AUUCUCUUAAGACGUGUCUUCCUAGUCAGGCUCUUGCUCUCUCUCUCUCUCUCGAUCUCUCUGCUACCCUUUUUUGUGACGAAAAUGUCCUCCAUCUUCCUUCAAAACUCCAAGCUUCUCCCUCUUCUUCUUAGAUUCUUCCUGUAGUCAAAGAUCCUCUGCUAAUCCUCAUUUCCGGAGCAUCUCACCUCACUUCCCCCUUGCUCUUCGUUUUUCUCCCUCACUUCUUCUCCGCCAUGAUUCUCGACUACUAGCUUGAUACAUACAACGAAACCGCAUGGAUUUAGUCGAAGGCAUGGGAGAGAGCUCGUCGCCGCCUCGGAGCUUCGGCGGCGGCGGCGGCUACGAAGUGCGAAACGACGUGUACAACCGGUUGGUGGAGAGCGGGCACGAGGAGGUCGUCUCUAAUCCUAAAUUUCGCGAGCUCUUGGAUGCUCACUUCAGUCGCUUGCCUCUUAGUUAUGGACUUGAUGUAAAUAUGGAAAGAGUUGAAGAUGUUUUGUUACAUCAAAAGAUUCUUGCAUUGGCAAAGGACCCUGAGAAGCGACCUGUCUAUAAUAUCCGUUUCUUGGAGACUGCUUCUACUAGAACUGAUGGUAAUGAUGAUCAGCAAUCUGUAAGUGCUCUCUCUACCCCAAGGCCAUCUUGUAAUGCUGCUAAUGAAGGAGUAGUGCCAUCACAAAAAAGGACCAGGGAUUGUGCUAUUGAGUUUGAACCUUGCGCUAAGCUUGAGGACCUAAAUUUGGAUGUUAGAAGGAAUCCAAGAGACAUGGAGGAGAGAUAUCAUACAGAGAACUUUUCCAGAAGGCAAGAGUUUUCAAAAGUUCCAAUUCAUGAAGUGAUAUUUUCCACCAUUGACAAGCCCAAGCUUCUUAGUCAGCUUUCUGCAUUGCUUUCGGAUAUAGGAUUGAACAUCCGUGAAGCACAUGUGUUCUCAACAACUGAUGGCUACUCGCUGGAUGUAUUUGUGGUGGAGGGGUGGCAUGUUGAGGAUACAGAUGGUUUGUAUGAAGCUAUGGAAAGAGCAGUUGCUAGAAGUGAGGGAUCGUGGUCCCGAUCUUCAAAUUCUCAUUCUGCUGUCGAAAAAGCAUUGUCUGCCGAAGCAAAAUCUGGAGAUUGGGAAAUAGAUAGAAGAUUAUUGAAGAUGGGAGAAAGAAUUGCAUCUGGUUCUUGUGGAGAUCUGUAUCGUGGAGUUUAUCUUAGUGAAGAUGUUGCCGUCAAGAUUCUUAGAUCUGAGCAUUUGAACGAUGCUCUGGAGGAUGAGUUUUCUCAGGAAGUGGCAAUUCUAAGGGAGGUCCGGCACAAGAAUGUCGUUCGUUUCAUAGGUGCAUGUACAAAGCCUCCUCAUUUGUGCAUUGUAACUGAGUACAUGCCUGGAGGAAGCCUGUACGAUUACUUGCAUAAGAAUCAUAACAUCUUGGAACUCCCUCAGCUGUUGGAGUUUGCAAUUGAUAUCAGUAUGGGAAUGGAGUACUUGCAUCAAAACAACAUAAUCCAUAGGGACCUGAAGACAGCAAAUUUGCUAAUGGACACUCACAAUGUUGUUAAGGUGGCAGAUUUUGGCGUUGCUCGAUUCCAAAAUCAAGGGGGAGUGAUGACAGCGGAGACCGGAACAUACAGAUGGAUGGCACCUGAGGUCAUAAAUCACCAACCAUAUAAUCAGAAAGCAGACGUAUUCAGUUUUGCAAUAGUCCUGUGGGAGCUAGUGACAGCCAAGGUUCCAUAUGAUAGCAUGACUCCACUACAAGCUGCCCUGGGUGUGAGACAGGGACUCCGUCCUGAUCUUCCAAAGAAUGCACACCCCAAGCUGUUAGAAUUAAUGCAGAGAUGCUGGGAAGCAGUUCCUGACAAUAGGCCUUCCUUCUCCGAGAUAACAGCUGAACUUAAAAUUCUCCUUCAAGAAGUUCAGAAAACUUCGGAAGUAACAAAUGGUAGUUGAACAUACCCAGUACGCGAUAUUCAAAGCGGCUUAUUUUUAGGCAUUUGGGUGAGGAUUUUUAAUUUUAUUUUUUUGGUUUCCCCCUGUUUUGGCUUCUUCAGUUAGAUUGAGAUUAUUUUGUACAACCGAGUGAAAGGAAAGUUCUGAAGGCUGUCUUAUACAAAGUGAGAGAGACAAAGGGAGGGAGGGGGAGGGGUCCCAUAAUCUGUAUUAUUUGUAUACUUUUUUCCAGGGACUCUUUUAAGUACUAAUACAACGAUAAAUUUCACGGUAGAACU